CCCCAGCCAGGAAUGAGGUCUUAUGAAUAAGCAGCCGAGCGAGGCGCCCUCCUCCCAAAGUCCUAGCGGUAGAGGCAGCCGAGAAAGCAGCCGCGUUAGCAGCAGCAGCCGCCGCCGCCGCCACCGCCGCAGGCGCUGCGAUAGAAUGCCUCGCCUUGGCAGUCUUGGCACUGCUUCCUUCCUCUGCGCGCUGCCCUCCUAAAGGGCGCAGCGCUCAGGAUUCAAUUACUGGAAUCGCCAACUUUGCUAAUUUAUGUGCACAUUUCUCUUCCACUAUGAACAGACGGAUAGAACCUCACAUUUGCAUGAUCCUCAUUAACAUCCUGCUUCUCUCUGUCUCACAAUGUCUGGCUUUCCCCAAAAUGGGAAGGAGGGAGAUUGCACACACGGAAGGUCAAAUCGAGAGACGGAAUAUAGAUGACCUAGAAAAACCCAGACCUUCCAAGCAAACGGCACAAAGGACAGUAAUAGAAGAUUCAAAUAUAGUGUUAACGAAACUAUCUGGAACAUCGUCGAAUAAUGACGGAGGAGAGACACAGCUUACAGGAGGUAGUAAUGUGUUCACACAUAGUCAGAGUACUGAUGGGUACACCCCUACUGAGUCAAUGGCUUCUUCAGAUGAAGGAGGAUUAAGUCCUAGUGAACCCAAUAAAGACUUAUCUGAAAGUAGGUUAACCACAGUUGUUACUACAGUAGUCUCCCCAAAUAGUAAUGCAAAGGCUGAUUUUUUUAGUAGUUCCAGUAACGUGCCCACUGUGGAAGAAGCCACAGAAGCAGGACAAGGCUUUCCAGAGCGUCUGGAUGAUCAGUUCUUAGAAAGUAAGGUAGAUCACACUCUGGAACAUUCAACGACAACCCAGGUGAACACUGAAGACAUGUUAACUACUAACCCACAAACCGGAAGCUUGGAAAUAACCAUUGAUCAUACAACAACGUCUUCUUCCGUGACAAAUCCCACAGCAGAGAUUGGAAUGGGUAUCCUCGCUUCAAGCAGAGACGGUCCUUCACAGCUGACCUCUGAUCAUCCUCAGGCCACAGCCACUGACCACCUGCUUGACCCUUCAGAGUAUUUCCCAAGCAUGGAGUCAGAAACUGACCAAAUGCCAGGAGGCGUGGCCAUGGCAACCAGUGCUUCAACAGCUGCUUUAGAUGUUCCAACUGCCUCAGCCCUGAAUGAGGAUUGGGAUGAUACUAAAUUAGUAAGUACAAGCCGAAAAGGAGCCUCAGCACCCAGAGACAAUGCAGAGACUAUUCAUGUGGGAGCCAGAGAUCCUCAGAUACUACAGCCAGACCAUGGUGAGGUGAAAGGAGGAGAGCCCUUGACACAUUUUGCAGAUGUCGUUUUGGGACAAAUUGGAGAGAGAACACACACUGGGGCAUCUCCAGCGCUGGUGAAUAUGGAAGAAAAAUCUGUUGCCUUCACUGAUCAAAGUUCCUUUCCCCUUAUGAAUCCUAAAGGAGACAUCAAAGGGACAACUAUAAGCCUAUUGCAGAAUACAAGACAGCCUGAAUUGGAUGGUAGGGAAUAUGAUGCCUUAUUUUUUUCAGUGACUACAGUUCCCCUCAUAGAUUCUCAGUCUGAGGCAUACUACACUGUGGGAAACACACUAACAGACAGUAUAGCUCAAGAGAUGAUGCCUAGUCAAGAUGGAGGAGCCACUUUAUUGUCUGUUACACAAGAACAGGAUUCUACCCUGGAGAUCACCAGAGAAUCUGAGGAGACAGAGGAAAGAAAUAGGAGCCCAUCUCCCAUCAUGGUAGUUUCAAGUGUAACUCAGCUAUCAAGAAAAUCAGAAUACUUGGCAACUCCUGUGCCAGCUACUGCCAUGCCUUUGUCCCUGGCAGUUACUCCAGCCUUAACAGUGACCAUCUCAAAAGAAGAGACAUUCCCUCCAGCCUUUGACUCUUCAGUGACCCUUCCAGGAAUGAUGGAGGAGACUAUGGGUAUUUCCCAGACAGCUGCUUCUAUAACUUCUGCUAUAAGAACCAUUCCAUCUAUAAGGCACAUGAGUACUUCUGUGACAUAUGACCUGGAACAGAUGGAAUCACAAGGAGAGGAAGAUGAAGAUGAAGAAGUAGAGGAGGAAGAGGAGGAGGAGGAGGAAGAAGAAGAAGAAGAAGAAGAGGAAGAUAAAGAUGAAGAAGACUCUCUGGAUGAAAGUAUGGAGGGGGAUACUGAGCUGCCUGGGUUUACUCUCCCUGGGAUUACUUCCCAGGAACCCAAGUUAGACAGGGGAAACUUGGAAUCAUUGGAAGGAGUGUCAUAUCAAGUUCCAGAUGCUAUAGAAUGGGAACAGCAGAAUCAAGGCCUUGUGAGAAGCUGGAUGGAAAAACUAAAAGAUAAGGCAGGAUACAUGUCAGGAAUGUUGGUGCCUGUGGGGGUUGGGAUAGCCGGAGCCCUAUUCAUCCUGGGAGCUCUCUACAGCAUUAAAAUUAUGAAUCGCAGAAGGCGAAAUGGAUUCAAAAGGCACAAAAGAAAGCAGAGAGAAUUCAACAGUAUGCAAGAUCGAGUAAUGCUCCUAGCAGACAGUUCUGAAGAUGAAUUUUGAAUUCAACAAUGUUUCUAUUGUGAUGUCCAAUUAUAUUAUUAUUUUAUUUUUACUUUUAGGCAAAAAAAAAUCUUGCUGCAUUACUACUAUUAUGCCCUCUAGCCUUCUGUCCACUGGAUAGUGAUUUUUCUUUUCAAUGGGCAAAAAAGGGCAUGCUGUGUCCUAAAUGUAAUAUGUGAUGAUUGUUUUUAUGCAGUUGUGAAUUUCUACUUUCAUACACUGUGUCUCAUAAAUAUGCAGUGUGCCUGUUAUACAGUAGAAAUGGAUAGGAUAAAAUUUUGUUUUUUUUAUCAGUGUCUUCUUCUUUUUUUUAGAUUAAUUGCACAAAUCUUUAUUAUUGUAACCGAGGCGUGCUGAAUUUUGGAAUAGAAAUCUUAAUAAGCAAUCACUUGUGAUGAUCUCUAUCCAUCUUCUUACCUUGGAGUAAUCAAAUACCAUUAAAUGUAGCUGUAAUUUGGAAUGAAUGAGAUCUUUUUCAUUGAGGAGAUUUGUCAGUACAGCAUGAUUACCUGUGGAAUUAUUACCCUUGGAAUUAUGUGCCUCAGGCUUCCUGUUCUGUUUCAUCCUCCUUUGAGUUCUUUUUCUCAGCAAGUAGAAUCAUGGAGGAACAAUAUUAGAGCAAAAUGAUUCAUUGUCUAAAUGUACUGAAUGCAUUCUUUGGCAGCACAUUAUACUUUAACAAACAUAUAGACAAAUUCUUAGAUGUUUUGUGUGAAAAGCCACUAACUUAUUUGAAGAAAUCAUUUGGUUUUGUCAGGCAGAUAUGAAAAAAAAGAGUAUGAUCUUUGCCCUCAAGUUUUGAGCUACUGUUUGAUUAUGGAUAUGGGUGGAAAUUGUACUGAAUUGCUGAGAGUUUUGCUUUUUUAUUUUUGUACCUCUUUAUCAUCAAAGGAAUAAGUUACUACGGUGGUAGCAUGUUGGAGGACUUUGUUUUUAAAAAAAGAAAGACAAUCAGAGUUGGUAUUAGGGCCAGAUCCGUAACAUGUCGCUGUUAGAACAGCACUUGUAUUUCCCAAGCUAGCUUGGAACAUCAUUCCCUGGUUUUAUCUUUUGUAAUUGGAAAUCUGAGGCUUAUGAUUGAUAACGGCUGAGUUGCAGGGUAGAGAAAUAAUAACAAUAUCAUAUCUAGAGCUUUAUGCUUUUCAAAGUGCUUUCACACCUAUUAUCUAACUUAAAUCUUCAAAACUAUUCUGGGCGAAUAUUAUUAUCACAAUUUCACACUCGAGAAACCUGAGGCAGAGAGAAAUUAAAUGACUUGCUCAAGGUCAUAGAGUGAAUCCGUAGCACAGCCAUGACUAGAACCUGGAUAUUCCAGGUCUGGACUUUCCAGGUCUAUAUUUUUCAGACUUCACCACUGAGAAGAUAGUGAGUGACCUUUCUGAGCCAUCCUUUUUUUUUUUAAAAAGGGAUUCUAUUCUACCAACUUCUAUAAAGUUGAUCCCAUUUUAUAUUUCUUUAAAAUGAAAAUUUCCUUCUCUGCUCCCCCCUCUGAUUCUUUCCCUGUUACUUACACAAAUUCUUCUUAUUCCUUCCAUUUUUCUAUCCAUAUCAAGCCAAUAUAUUAUGUCUGGGAAACCAGAAGGUCAUUUUCUUCCUAAAUCCAUUCUUUAGUUAUAGAUGACUCAGGUGUUAGAGACUCAGGUGACUUUCUUGCUAUUAAAAACUAAUUAUAUAAACUAGUAUUCUAGACCUUUUCAAUUCUUUUUUGCCCAGAGAAAUGAGUAGGUGUAGCAUUAGAUAGAGAGAACUGAAUACUAGGUCAUGCUAUAGAUAAGACCAUAGGCAAAUGUAAGACAUUAGGGAAGAGCUAAAACGAAAAGUCAGAUUUAAUAGAAGUCAUGAAUAGAUAUCACGAUCUCUUCAAGAGCCACUAGAUGAUUGUUUUAAACAUUUGUGAAUAGAGACAAUGUUUUACCUGUUACAGAGAACUAAGUAGGAAUUUAAACAGUUUUUCAGGAUAUAGUCCUCAGAUCCUAGAGUAUUCAUAAGGUUAUAAAUUUCCAUAAGGGUUAAGGGGCAACAAUAUAUUCUCUCCACAAAUUAGGUAUAGACCUCAAUAUCAUUUACUCUGAUAUUAAUAAUAAUUUGUGCCAUAGCUUAUUAAACUGAUGCCUUAACUAGACCGUGAUUAAUAAAGUAAACUUAUAAACAGCAGUACCUAUUGAGCACUAAGAAGAAUAUAAGCCUUUUAUGAGAGGUGAUCUCUUUCUUCCUUAUCAGUUUCUAGAAGAUUACAUGUAGAUAAUCUAUACAUUUAUGCAAAAAAAAAUCAGACUUUAUAGUCAGGGAUUUGUGACUCUCCAGAAGCCCAAGGAGAAAGAGAAAAGAUAGGCAUGUUUUUCAGGUGUCAACCUCGGUGCCAUUGGCUAUUCAAAUAAUAUGAGAUUUAUAAUCCUUUUGGUUAUUAGAACAUCCAUAUGUUGUGGAUAGCCCAGGCUAUAGCACAGAUAAUGUACCCACUUGAACCAUUUUCACUGUGGCAUCAGGUUCGUCAAUUUGUUAGAUGUUUAGAAAGAAAAGACUGGCUGUAUUUGACUCAGUAUAUUGAUUUUUGUGAAUGUUAAAGCAGGUGUACGCUGACUAACAACUAGUUUGUGGAAAUGCAUUAUUACUUAAAACAAAUUACAGGGGGAGGCCAGUCCUAUAAGAAAAAAUUAUGAAUAAGUUGGGGGCAUCCUGAAGGUCUGAAGACAUAGUGCUGGGGCUUGAGAGUUUGAAUACACCAUGACCAACCAUUCAUGUUGCGUCUUGAAUGAACAAAUGAAUGAAAAUUGCUUAUUUACCAUGUGCCAGGCACUGUGCUAAGUGCAGGGGAUAUAAAUAAAAAAGGGAGACAGUUCAUGCUUUCACAGAACUCAAACUAUAAUUGGAAGAGACAGUUCAUAUGAGAGAGUCCAGUUGAAGGGAGGAGGGGAAGGUUCUGAAGACUUAAGGUACCGCCGUGGGUGUUACAGUGAGGGCCCAGGUUCCCUGGAUCCGCAGGUCAGAUGGCAGUGCCUAGGGGUCUCGAGGAUGGAGUGACAUGGAGAGGGUGGUGAGUCAUGUGACCUUACAGACCUUACAGAAGUUUCUGACUCUCAGUUCAUCCAAAGGGCAUAAGCAGCCAGGUCAUACAUUCUAACCUGGUCACCCUGGGCUUAUUUGCUCAUAUUUUAGGGGAAUAAAAGAGGGAAAGGAAAUGGCAAUUAUAUUAUAAACGCAAUUUUGUGACAUGAGGGUGAGAUUGGGCUACAACAUAUUUUAAAAUAAUAUUUGUAAACAUAUUUGUAAACAAUACAACAUGUUUUUCAACAAUAUUGUUGGAAAAAGGAUCACUUUAUUAAGAAAAUAAAACUCAAAAUUCCCAUGCAGAAAAGUAAAAGUAAAGAUUUACCCAUCAUGCCUUAUAAAUUUGGAAUUUAAUGACUAGGAAUUGAAGGUAAAAAAAUAUGUCUGAAACAAUGGGGAAGUCUUUUAUGAGAAAGGAAUAUGCAAGUUUCUCUGUAAGAAUCAGUACUGUCAAUUUUUCUGUGUUUAUGGUUCAGCUGUUUUUCAUUCCAUUUGUCCAGAGCACAAAAUUUCCUCUAGUAGGUAGUGAGAGGAAGAGAAAAGAUAGACACAUCCCAGGUUUUAAGCUUAGUGGCAUAGGGAUAAUUGGAAAUCAAGUAAGGAUAUUGGUGGGAAUGAAGGUAAAGGUAGAUUAGAAGAAUGUAGGAACUAAAGGGAGGGGAAUUUGAUUAUAACAUAAUUAACUACUAUUUUGGUGCCAUUUUCUCUGUCAAAGAAAAUAAUUUCAAAUCGGAAAGGGAAGAACAAAUAUUAAGAUAUUUGAAGUCCAAGAUAGUUAAGGACUUGCUCAUUUUGAAGGAGUUCAGAUCUCCAGGCAGAGAUGCCUUAGGUUCUAAGAACUUGCAGAUAUUGUUGCAGAACUAUUGUCAUCAAUCCUUGAAAGUAAAUUUUGAAGACAAUAGAGUGGUGAGUUUAAUGGUGAUUCAAGAAAAAAAUAGCAUUAUUAAAUGGAUUUUUUGCAUUUAUGAAUAAUUAAAAAAGAAAACGGUGAUUAGCAGGAGCCAUUAAGAGUUCAUGAGAAACAAUUCCUGUUAAAUGAACAUUUUCUUUUUUGAUAGGGUUAUUAGAUCAGUAAAUCAGAGGAAUGUUGCAGACAUAAGUAAAUCUGUAUUUCAACAAUUAAUCAGUAAAUCAAUCAGAAAAACAUAUUAAAACCAGGCAUUUGCCAGGUAUUAAAAAAAUGAAUUUGUCCUUGCUCUCAAGGAGCCUACAUAUAAAUGGGAGAGACUGCAUGUAUAUUAGAAGCUUAUGGGACCAGGAAAAGUUUCAUGUGGUACUCGAGACAUCAGGAAAAUUAUUUUAGUGGCAUUUGAGCUGCCUUGAAGGAAACCAGGGAUUUUAAGAGGUUUAGGUGAGGAAGAAGUGAAUUCUAGGCAUGGAGUACAGCCAAUACAAAAGUGGGAGUUGGAACACAGAUUGCAUAAAACAGGAUAGUAUGGCUAGAUUGCAGAGUGUAUGGAGUAAUGCAUGAGAUGUCUAGAAGUAAAAGGGAGUCCCUGGAGUUUAUUGAGAAAGUAGGAGAGUGAUUAAAAAAAAUCAAUGGCACCUGAGCAGGAUAGAGGGCAGACUUGGCUUAACAAAAAUUCAUGGUUAAAAACCCAGCAGUUAUUCACUAUAAGCUUUUGAAAGAGGUAGUGCCAUAUUAGGCUGCAUUAGUAGAAGACCAUCAGGAAGAUCAAGGGAGGUAAUAACCCCACUAUAUUCUGAUUAUAUGCUGAAUAUAACACCUCUGAAGAAUGAUGCUUAGUUUCUUUGCAAGGUAUUUUAAGAGAGACACAGAUAAACAAAAGCACACGAAGAGUAGAGGGCCCAGAAACCUUAUUUCAUGAGAGAUGUGGUAUAUUUAGCCUAGAGAAGAAUAGAUUUAGAUAGAGUCUGAUGGAGGUGGACUUGAUUUAUUUUGCUUAGUCCCAGAAGGUAGAAGUGGGAACAGUUAGUUGUAGUUCAAAGGACAGAUUCCAGCACGAUUAAAAGAAAACUCUUGACAAUGACUUCAAUGGCUUAUUCCAAAGUGGAAUAGGUUGUUCAGGAUGCAAAAAGUCAACUAGGAGACACAGUGGAUAGAGUGCUCAACAUGGAGUCAGGAAAACUUGGUUUAGAAUCUUGCUUUUACUAGCAAUGGGACUAAUCAUUUAAUUCCUCUCAGCUUCAGUUUCCUCAUAUGUAGAGUGGGAAUAAUAAUGGUAUCCUCUCCUAGAGUUGUGGUGAAGUUAAAAUAUAAUAAUAUUUGUAAAACAUUUUGCAAACCUCAAAGUGCUAUAUAAAUGUUAACUAAAUAUUAGGUAGAAAUACAUUGAGACUAAGAAUGCCUUGAAUGCAAUGUAAAGAGAUUUUCCUUAAAAAAAAAACAAAAACCUAAAUAGACAUUAAAGAGUCCCUCAAGGUUUUAAGUAGUAGAGUGACUUGGUUAGAUUUAUCAGUCAAUAUACAUUAAUUUAUAAAUAUAUUACUUAAUUCAUUUGUUAACAAAUUGUCAGUAUGUUGAUUGACAUGAAAAAGAUUAAUAAAUGUUGAAUUGUUGAAAUUCAUGGUAUCAUAAAUAACCCUCUACAUAAGAAUUCUUGAAUUUUAAUUAUUUUUAAAAGCUGGUUAAACAGUAAAAAAAGUUAAUUUGUGAAAUAUUUUUGGAAUGAUUAUGAGUAUUUUACCUGGUCACCAUGUCGAAAUGAUUGCUUACAGGGUUGGAUAAAGGUAAAAAAAUCUUGAAAACAAAACAGAAAAUUUCUCCUUUUUCUUGGCCCUUCUAUUUUUGGCAUUUUGCUACUAAAAAGAUGAGGGAGAAGGUGGGUGUUUGGGGAAAGCUUAAUUAUUUUAUAAUAUUGCUCUGAAUUCAUCAGUGCAAACUUGUGACCUGCCUUUACUGAGAAUUACUCAUUAAUAGGAAACAUUAUUUUCUCCUAAUCACCACCACAAAGGAAUUUUAAUAAGUUUCCUAUGCUUGUUAAAGUGGGGUAAGCACAUGCUGAGCCAGUUAUCUCUCAUGUUAAGCCCUGGAUAUUUAAAGGUCAUUAACAAAUUUGUUAUGGCUUAAUCUUGGGCGGUUAAAUGCUACUUGUCCCUCUAAGAAUUGACUACUUUUGAGGGAAGGGGAUAGUAAUUAUAAUUAGAAGAGAAUCGGUAUAGCAUAAUGGAUAGAGAUCUGACUUUAGAACCAAGAAAACCUGGGCCAAAAUCCUGCCUCUGAACACAUGAGGGCUAUGUGGUACUGGACAAAUGACUUACCUUCUAAUUUUCCUAGGCAAUUCUCUAAGACUAUAAAUGGCCAAGAAGGUAUUGCUGACUUGAAUUGGUAGAGAGAAUUCCUUUAUCUGGGAACCUAUAUCAAUAAAAUCACUCCAUAUGUCUACUCCCUAUUCCCUAUUGCUUUGAUUGUUGUGAGUCAAGGAAGACUAUAUUGUUAGAAAUAGAUUUUUUCCCCCCAUGCAUCGGAUUUCAUAGCAAUCAGCAAUAGCAAUCCUUUAGGGAAAGAAUUGGAAUGACUAAAUGAACAAAUGAGAAUUUAAAAUGGCACCGAUAACCAUAUAAAAAUAAUAGGAUUAAUUUUAUUUUGCCAAUGGAUGAAGGCUUGGGACUCUUUAAUAUUCUAAUAAUUAAGCUAGACUUUCAUAAGACAUAGGUAGAUGUUUUAGAUUUUGUUUUGCUUAAAGCCCUUUUCCAUCAAGGUUUAAAGAAUUGAGAAACUUCAAAAUUUCACCCUAGAUAUACACUUGAGAAGUACCUGUCUAAAUUUUAUCCCUGCCCUCAACAGUAGCAAACUAACUGGCAGUCCUUUAGGUAACAUAAAUGAUUUAAACAUUUCCAAAAUUGGUAAUAAAAGCACUAGAAAUCUUACCAUUGGGUUGUAAGCACCAAUUUAACCAGGAACAGAGAGUUUCAGGACAGUUGCUAUUUACAACAGCAGCCCCUCAGGGUUGAGAAAUAUAUUAAGAAAAUAAAAUCUUGUUAUUUUUUUCUUCAAAAUUACAAGGGGAUAAAGAGAGAGAGAGAGACAGACAGACAGACAGACAGACAGAAUUACAUCUUGAGUCAGUAUGCAUAUGAUUAUAUACAUAUACAUAUCUGUAUAUUAGUCAGAGAGAUGACAUGUUAUAAACCAAAGAAAAUAGCAUCUACUUAUAUCGUGAAUAUCCUGACAGUAAGCCGUGGAAUUAAAUUAACCAGACUGGUCUACAUUUGGAUAUUUCCAUCUUCAUCUACAGUAACCUUGAAUUAGCAUGUUAAUUAAGAAACUAGCAUCAGAAAACAUUUAUUCCAUUUCUAUGUCUUUCUGUCGGACUCUUGGGCAAAUGGAUAUUUCAGGCUUUUCCCUAAGAUUUUGUUUCAUUAGAGUGGGAGAAUUCUCUAAACAAAUACAUAUUGUAACCCUUCAGUGGGGAUACAUAGAUGAAUUCCAAGAAGUUGUCAAAAACACAAAGACGUUGUGAUUUUCCCAGGGUUGCUUAGUUAAUUAAUGUCAGAGGUAGCAGCUCUUCAUGACAUCAAACCCAGAACUCCAUCCAUUGCCUAUUGCUAAUCCUGUAGGCAGUCCUAUGACUGGAUAUACAUUUAUAAACCCACACACAUACAAGUAACCAGGUAAAUGUAACUAUUUUUAUAAAGAAAAAGAGAAGUCUGAAUGUUUUUUUUUGUUUUUUUUUUUGCCUCCAGGAAUUCUGGUACUAAACUUUGAGCUAUUUUUCUGGUUUUAAUUCUUUCUUUGUUAUUUCCUAUUUUUUUCUGAAAGAGAGGAAGGAAAGUAAAGAAAUCUGAAAAGAUUUUAUAUUGGGUUAAAUUAAAACAUAACAAGUCUGUGUCUAAAAAUGACUAGAGGAGACUGGAAUUGGCCAGUGAAGCUUUUUAUAAUUUCUCACUUGAAUGGAUAUGGAGCUUCUUUGGUUUGGAUAAGAACCUCUAAGAGGGCAGAUGACAACUUAUUUGUGGCUCAUCCUGUGUGGUACAUUUUCACAUCUUUCUGGAAAGCCUCUAUUUAAGGUAUCUAACACAUUAGAGGCCCUCCUGUUUUAUAAUGGAAUAUUUUGUGGCUAUUGGUGUAGCACUCAGAAUUGUCAAUCAAUACAUUUUACCACCUCAUCAGCCUGCAUCUAGUAUAUUUGUGAUGUCAUUUAUAUGUUGGUAAUUUCCUACAGCCUGACUAUGCCCAGCAUGAAUCUCUCCAUUAGUCCUCUAUAAGAGCAAGUCAAAAGGUUUGCAAAAUGUUUUAUAUAUAUUAUCUUGUUACAUACUCUAAACAAAUCUGCAAGGUAAGUGCCAUUAUUAUCUCCAUUUUACAAGAUGAGGAAAUAGGCUAAGAGAGAUCAAAUAAUUUGCCCAAGGUUGUACAGCUAUUUUGUGUUUGAGGCAGGUUUCAAACUCAGAUAUUCCUGAUUCCCAGUCUAAUGCUUCAUCUAUAGAACUACAGAUGUCCCAAAUGACAGCAAUGCAAACAGGAAAAAAAAAAGAAAGACCUAAAGUCUCUUACUUGUCUGAGAAACUACUUUCAUUGGUUCAAAAUCCUUCCCAAAUUGUAGAUGUCAACUAAAUAGUCAUUCAGUUAACCUGAAUCUGGCUAGUGGUAGAACUUAUUAUUAUUACAUUUUUUUUGGUGAAAGAUGUCAGAUGUUUGACAUUAUUCAUGGGAAAUUCCAUCUAGAGAUGCAGAUUGACAGCUUUUCUGUAACAAUAUUAGGAGAAUUGCCUCUCUACUGUGCUAGGGAGAGGCUAAAAGCUUAUUUUUAGUUAUGCAACCAGUAUAUGUCAUAGUAAAGUCUUUCCUUAUAUUGAUUCUUAGUGGUUUCUAUUAUUUAAUAUGACUAUAUUUUAAAAAGCAUUUCAGUUAUCUUAGUUUGGAAUUAAGUUAGCAAAUAACAUAAGAAUCACUGUUAUUUUUUAAAAUAGUGCUUUCUUUUAUGGGAAAAGAAGUUAAGAACUUCCCUUCUAAACUAUGUCCUCCACCACCCCUUUCCCAUUGUCUAUAGUCUGAAAGGAAUUUGUAAAUGGCAACAUCAAAACAAAGAGUAUACACUUGCUACAGAAUCCUAUGAGAAUAACAACAGUCCAAGAGUAGAAUGCUAUGUAAGUGAUGCUUUUAGUUUGGUGGUUUAAUAUGCUGUAAGAAAUUUUUUUAAGUUUCUACAUUUUGCCCCAGACACCAAAGAACAAGGAAAUAUUGGACUUCCUUAAGAACCAGGAUAAAUUUCCUUGAAAUUGAUUUUUAAAUAAAACAUUACCUUCUGCCUUGGAAUCAAUACGAUGUAUUGAUUCCAAGGCAGAAGAGUGGUAAGGGCUAGGCAAUGAGGGUUAGGUUACUUGCCCAGGAUCACACAGCUAGGAAGUGUCUGAGGCCAGAUUUGAACCUAGGACUUCCCAUCCCUAGGGCUCUCCAUCCGCUGAGCCACUCAGCUGCCCCGCUUGAAAUUGAUUUUUUAAAGUUGGUUUCAUUUUCCUGUAAGUUAACUUGUUUAUUUAGACAGAAUUAUUACAAUAAAAAAUAGAGAAGAUUAAUCACUUAAAAAUUGUUCAACUAAAUCUUCAUUUGGAAAUACGAUUUGAGAUUUUAGCAUUUCAAUAGAUAUCCUACAUUCAAGACCUAGCUAUUACUAUUAGUGGAGUAAAAAUUGCAAAUUAAUUUAAUUAAUACCCUACCUACCUACUUCUACUGUUAAUGAUUAUUUUGUUUAUGGUGCAACAGAAAGAACCCUAUGUUUGACAUUAGAAGACUCAACUUUAUCCCUUACUAUCUGUCUGACCUUAUGUAAGCUGUUGAAUCUCUUUUGGCCUCAGUUUUCUUGUAAAGUGAGUAGAUUGAGUUAGAUGUUUUCUCAGGUUCCUUCCAUAAUCUUUGAAUGCUUGUCAUUAUCAAAAGAGAUUUAAAUAAGUUUUUCAAUAUAAAAUAAAGUUUAAAUUCUAAAUGUCCUGCUAAAAGUCAUAGCUUCAAAAAAGGAAGGACAUGGUAACUAGAAUAAACCAAUGAAUACUCAUGAGAAGUAUAAAAUAAGAGCCCCAAUUAGUGAAUUUGUUACAUUGUUCUUCUCUGCUAUGGACAAUAGCGAGUGUUCAUUGGUCCUUUCUUUUUAAAAUAAAAGGAAAAAAAAGAUAACUCAUUUUUCAUUGGAGUGAAAAAGAUACUUUUGUGGAUGCUCAUUUUGCAAUUGUCUACUCCAAAAUGAAGAAUCAUAGAGGAGAUACUUCAUACUGAAUCACCUUGGAUGAAUUAUUCUGAGACUUGAUUCAGUUAGGAAUGUAAACAUCAGUCAGUGAUCAUCAUACAGAAGAAAUUCUGUUUACUGAGAACUAAUACGGCUUCUAGGUGGUGAAAUGGAUCUGGUAUUAGGAAGAUCUGAGAUCAAAUAUGACCUCGAACAAUUGCUAGCAGUGUCACUGGGCACGUUACUUAACCUCUGCCUCAGUUUCUUAAAAUGUAAACUAUGGAUCAUAACAACACCUACCUUGCAGGUAGGAUGAAAUGAGAUAUUUGUAAAGUGCUUAGCACAUGGUACCUGGCACAUAGUAGGUGCUACAUGAAUGUUUAUUCUCCCCUAAUUUUUCCCUUAAGACCUAUAGAUGGAAGGUCUUUGCCAUUGGCUGCAGUUGCUAUUUGUGAUUAUCCUGGUAGAAAAUUCAAAUUUAUUUUAGAGGUCUAAAAUAGUUUUACUACAACUCUAAUUUAAAUUUUGUUCUAAAAUGAGAAAAGAACCUUUUGUGAAGUGACUUUAAUUUAAUUUUAUAAUGAUAGACCUCAUUUCUUCACUUUUCCUUAUUAUAGCUGCUGGUUUUUAAGUGGUCAGAAUGCUCUGUGUUCAUCUCCUAUUGGUUUCCAGACUCUGUGUUGUUUCCACAUGCAGCUCUCAGCAUGUCCUUGCAUUUUAUUAUUAUUUCAUCCCUCCCAAACCAGAAUAAUGACUCAUUGUACCUGUGGAAUGUAGCACUUAUUAAAGUUAAAAUAUUCAAAAUAAAGUCUGUCUGCCAUAAGUGUA